UACUUCCUCUCACUAUAGAGAUUUUAGUCCCAUUCGUGUAAAAUUGCUCAAAGAGUGUCCAGAGUAGUGAGAUUGAAUAUUUAAAGCAAUUGGCGUCAAUAUUUACAUCUUAAAUUGGAUAAGGGAGUGCAAAUUGAUAAUUAUUUCUAUUUUAAGAAUGUGCAAAUAUAUCGCAGUUUGUCUUCUUGAUGUCGAAAAGAUAAGAAUUGUGUGUCACGCGAAAUUGUAGAUCAGCUAAAUUAUUCAAGAGCUCAAUGUUACACAAACGAUACCGACGAUUCGCAUCCUACGUAGCUACUGUUAAAAACAGUCUACAUGCGCGUGUGGCGAAUCAGACGCUUACCGCUUCGCCACAGCCGGCAGUAACGGUGGAGGGGCCGGGGUCUAAAAUGUCUCCACCGACUAACGACGUUACCAACGGGGUAAUGGCGCCCCCGAGCAAUCUUGCGCCCCGGGUUCCAUCCACCACGAAUCCGGCCCUUACAACCAUCAACCCACCCACCCAUAAGCGCUCUGCUACUGAUUUUAUCUUCGGCAAAGUGAUCGGCGAAGGCAGCUUCUCUACCGUUUACAUUGCCAAGGAUAUCCAUACUAAUAGGGAGUACGCAAUCAAGGUCUGCGAGAAGCGACACAUCAUCAAGGAGAAGAAGACAGAGUACGUGAAGCGGGAAAAGGAAGUGCUGAAUAUGUUGGCAGGUGCGAAACAUUCGUUUGUCCGGCUCUUCUGCACCUUCCAGGACCCGGAUCGAUUGUACUUUGCCUUAUCGUAUGCGAAAAAUGGCGAACUCCUACCCUACAUCACCAAAGUCGGCUCCUUCGACAUCGAGUGCACGAAAUUUUACACAGCUGAAAUUCUCCGGGGCCUGGAGUACCUUCACGGCCUGGGAAUCAUUCAUCGUGACCUGAAACCCGAGAAUAUCCUCCUUGACGAGAAAAUGCACGUGCUCAUCACGGACUUUGGCAGUGCCAAAAUUCUCAAAGAAGAUCCUGAGACGACGGUGCUGCAUCCUGCGGACGGAGAUGACGAGGAGAAGCAGUACAGAAGACCAAGAAGAAAUUCUUUUGUUGGCACCGCGCAGUACGUGUCGCCGGAACUCUUAACGGACAAGCCGGCAAGUAGAGCGUCCGACCUCUGGGCCCUCGGCUGCAUUGUUUAUCAAAUGGUCGCUGGUCUACCACCCUUCCGCUCGAGAAGUGAGUACUUGAUUUUCCAGCAGAUACUGAAGCUCUCGUAUGAGAUUCCCGACGGUUUCUCGGAACUUGCCAAGUCUCUGGUCGGCCAGCUUUUGGUGCUUGAUCCAUCACAGAGGCUGGGCGCUCAGGACGAGCAUGGAUCCGGAUAUCCGAGCAUCAGGGCUCAUCCGCUCUUUGAGGGCAUCGACUUUGAAACACUUCACGAGCAGAAUACACCACCGAUCUAUCCGUACUUGCCUGGGACUUCGGAGAAUGAGGAAUUGAGAUCACAGUAUCGAGUGCCAGAUCAUCUGGAGCCGGGCCUCGACGAUAAACAAAUCACGAGAUUGCUGGGUUUGGAUAUUGGCGAGGAGCGAAAAUCGCAGGGAAAGUCGGAACGAGUGGCGUUGGUGGAGGAGCCGAGGAAGAAGAAGAUUGGCAUUGCUGAUUUGACGGAGGAGGACAGGAGGAAGCUGCUCGAGAAACAGCGAAUGUCUAAUCCAUGGCAUAAGUUUGUCGAGGGAAAUUUAAUUUUGAAGCAGGGAUUCGUGAACAAGCGAAAGGGUUUGUUUGCGAGGCGACGAAUGCUUCUUUUGACGACCGGACCUCGACUUUAUUAUGUCGAUCCUGUUAAUAUGGUGCUGAAGGGCGAAAUUCCCUGGAGUCCUGAGUUGCGAGUUGAGCCCAAGAACUUUAAGAUCUUCUUUGUCCACACGCCCUGUCGAACAUACUACCUUGAAGACCCUGAAGGUUUUGCGUUACAGUGGUGCGAUGCUAUCGAAGAUAUGAGAGUUCACAGCUAUUCUCGGGAGAAUUUGGCGGCUUGAAGCUAAGAGAGAGAGAGAGAGACCAGUCCAACACACAGUGAGUGAGUAUAUCGAUUACUCGACGAUCAGAGCAUGGGAAAAAAAUGGUGUCGUCGGGCCAUUGCCUUGGGAGGAGGAGCGACGAGCGUAUUCGAGGAAUUUUCGGCAUACAAGACUCAACUAGUUCAAGUUUUUUGCGUGACGUAGUAGUUCUCUGAUAGUAAAUUUUUCUAACGUGUAGAUAUUUUUUCCCAAAUUAAGGGUAAAUUAGGAUCAUUAUGAAUUAUUAUUGUAGUGAAAAGUCAAGAUGGACGCUUAGGUAAUUUUUUUUCUUUAGCUCUUUCAGCAAGAACUUUAUUUUUUCGAGAUUCUUGCACAUUUUGGUCAGUGUUUUUCUUUGGAUUUUCUUGCGUCCAUCUUACAUUAGCUAAUUUUGAACUAGUAAAUUUUUGUCAUUUUGUCUGAAGAAUAUUAUUUUGUAGAUUAAAGAAAAAAAAGAAGAAGGAAUUUAGGAAAAAAACUGACCAAUUAGGCUUUUCCCGUGAGUCCUUGAAUGGCGAAUUUGAAAAAGCGAAACUUGUUGAAAAAGUCUUUAAGACCUUUGCUGUUAUUUAAGUUAAUGGAAAAUUGAGGAGAGAAAUUUAAAAUAUUCCAAGAGAGAGAGAGAGAGAGAGAGUAAAUUUGAAAAAAAUAAGUUUCGUAAUAAUACUGGAAAAUGUAGUGACGAUUGGUUCUUUAUAGCUUUAAUUUGAUUUUAGUUGCGUAGUGAGGUCGUUUCAAUCCUCGUCUUUAAAUCGUCACAACAUUUUCGAAAUUGUAUUGCGCUACACUGGAAUUCUCCUUAUUCUUGUAUCAUCAUCAUCAUAAUCAUUAUUAUUAUUAUCAUCAUCAUCAUCAUCAUCAUCAUCAUCUUGUUAACAACGAAAUUGCUAUAAUGCAUUUGACAAGAAUUUUCCGCGUGCACUCUUUGACACUCUCAAUGUCGAAAUUGUCUGUCGUGUUAUAUUACUCAACAAAAACAACAGCGUUUCUCACGUUCAUCAUCGUACAAAAUGAAGAAAGGUUACGCGCGACUUUACCUUUCCACAAAAAAGACUAUUUGUUACACAUAAUAAUAAUCCUACUCUUAUCGUGUUCAAUGUUGCUAUUUUUUUUUGUUUGUGUCAGCUUGCUACGCAUUUCCUUCGUUCAUUAUUAAUUUAUGAAAAGCAAUUUGUCCGUCGAUAUUUAUUAUCUUUUUCGUUAUGAUUACAAUAAUGAUAGUUGUUAUUCACUGAUAAACUGUUGCUACCACCACUGCGACCAUUGUGUAACUAGGAUUACCGCUCCAUCCAGUACAUAUUAUAUUAUGUUUUCGUCGUUAGCAGUAAUGCUAGAAAUAUUAAGAAGGAAAAAGAUACUACUAUUACUACUACCACCACCACCACCACCGCGUUUUGUCUAUUGUCUUCAAUGCCGAGUGUCCGCCAUGUUUCAAAGAAAUUGCGCCUGAGUCACAGCCUUGUUGUACAUUAUUUAUACAUAUGUUACAUAAAUUACACAUAUAUAUGUAUAUGUUGUAAAGAAAAAAAUCUAUAAAUAUUUAUAAACUGUAAAUACUAGUUAGUGAAGAAGAGAGAGAAGUUGUAUUAAUGUUGAUAGGUUGUAGGCUGUUACUUAGCUCGAUUAAACUCGUUGCAAUCUGAUGGUGUGUGACUCAGUCGCAAAAGUCAACGGUGCGCGCCUUUCUUUCUGUCUGUCUCCACGUUUUGAUUCUCGCUCGCGCGCGCGAAACAAAGACUUGAAAGAACCGAGUGUAAUUGAGCGUUUUCCGAUUUAAGCUUGGCCGAGUGUCUGUAGAAAUGACCGAGUAUUUGAAUGAGUACUCGGCAUUGUCCUCGGGUCCCAGCGACUUUGCUAAAAUGACCGCUUUUGGUGGGUUGCGCACGGAUUGGGCGGGCCAAAUGCUGAGCGCUAAAUCGCAGAACGCUGAUUUCUUAUUUCUUAAUUAGCUUAGGUAGAUAGUAAGUGUGUUGCGCGAGAGGGAAUCUUUAGGAUGGACGAAGGAAGGAAGGGACUAGACACUCGAAAAUACCCGGCCCAUUCUUUUUCAACUCCAACAAAACCUGUAUAAGACUGGCUCCUUCGCUUUCGCGUUUAAUCAGGAAUAAAUAGUUGUACUACUUGUUGCCUUAACUCGCGAAAAAUCUCUUGUUGUAAUAUGUUGGAGUGGGAAAGAAUGGUUCAAGUCUCUAAGCUCCAUGCAAUACAAUUUUUUGAGAUCCUCGUUUUUUGUUUUUGUUUCUUUACACACAUAGAUCUUGGAAAAUUGAUGAAUUAAGGAAAUAUUUACUUUUUGAACGCCAAGAAUGGGAAUAGAUACGUUUUUUGCUGAACGUAAACUUCCUCGACUCGUUUCUCUUUCUACCGAAUGUAAUAGUUUUUAGUUUGUAUACAAACACCUCAGUUGUUCGCAGAGGACGAAUUAAAAAAAUGUUAAAUUGUCAAAAAAAAACAAAAAAAAAGGCGAAAUACGGAACUUAAUUGAAUUACACUUUCGGACAUAAAACCGUGGAAAAUUUUAAAAAGAAAAUGAAAGCUAACGUGAAAAACGCUUCGACUAUUAAUCGCAGUAUUACUAAAUUUAUGUAGGUACACAUUGAUAAAAUGAGUACACUUUAGUUCCCAUUUGCAUGCAUGAAGACACAUGUAUACCAAAUGAGAACAUAACACUGGAUAAGAAGACUUUAGGUUACUAUGUAGAAACUAAGUCUUGUUUACACUAACAUCAAAUUUAUUUAUAUUAAAUUUUUCGAAAUGUCAAA